GCGGGUGUUAUGGUAGCGCCCAGACCGACAGCACGCAUGCCCAGGCACCGGGCCGGCAGAGAGCGGCAAGCGCGCUUAGUGUGAACCUGGUCCGGGGCAGUCCCGUCUUCUCGUCCCGUUCGGUCCUCGUCACACACUACCACACUCCAACAACAUGUCUCGAAGGAAACAGCGCAACCCAAAGCAUCUUAAGCGUACCUUUACUGAAGCAUUUGACAACAGUGGCUCCCUACCAGGCUGCCUACAGAUUGAAGAGAAAGAAGGCCAUGUCUCGCUGACUGCACGUGAAGAACUUCCUGACGGUAUGAGAUGGGGGCCGUACGGUGGUGUGGUGAUAGGAGGGGAGGAAAAGGACCCACAGAAAGGACUGAAGGUCCCCUGUGAUGAAGGAGAAGGAUUUACUGUAGUGCUGGGGGACCCAUCACACUGGUUACUCAUGUUACCUCCAGCUAGCAGCUCUGGGGAACACAACACCACAAUCUGUACACAGGAUGGCAGCAUCUGGUGUGUAGUGACCAGGACGGUGGCUCCAGGCGAGGCUCUCCAAGUUCACGGCCUCCAGGAGGCAGACUUCCAGCAGGAAGAGGCUGACCAGGAUGUCCUGGAGGACCAGGACAUGGCGGGUUACCAUGGCGACUAUCAGGAGGACCUGUCAUCACCCGAAGAACAAGACGUCAGCAACUUCAAAGUUGCCAAGUCAGAGUCGCAGACCACUUCAGGCUCCGCAGACAACCUGGAUACUGAUGACAACAAGGGAAGUGAUGACAACAUAGAUGAAACUCCAACUUUACCUCAACAGAAGAACACUAGUGAUGGACCAGACAAUGACAUCAGUCCAGGAACCUCACUAAUACAAGCAGGGCCUUCCUCAGGUAUACAGAGUGAGCAUGCACUUGAAGGCAUGGACAUGCAAGAUGCCAAACAACAGCUGAUACUUGCAUGGAAAAUGUCAAAUGAAGGCAAAGUCGGUGUGUAUGACUGUGAAGACUGUGGAAUAGUCUACCGCAACAUGGACAACCUGAACGCUCAUAAGAUGUACUACUGCCCCGGCACCCAGCGACACCAACCCCCCAUAGUACGUGGUAGGGUCCUGCCGUCUGUACUGGCCACGGUGGCUCAGUGUCCAGUCUGUCACAAGACCUUCUCCAACGCCGGACUGCUUCAAGUCCAUAUGCUCACUCAUACCUUCACCUGUCCACUGUGCAUGGCUGCAUUUCUCAAUAAAGCUCAGCUUCAGCAGCACCUUGAACUUGAACAUUCCUGCAGCAGUGUGCCAAAAGAGGCAAAGACGAGCCCCGAGAUGCUGUCCCCGUCCGAGCUGAGUCCGCGGCCGCCUCCCGUCGACGGCUCCAAAGAGGGAAAGUUUGUGUGCAAGGUGUGCUGGCAUGUGGCGCAGGAUCAGGACAGUCUGACCCGUCACAUGACCAGCCACAUCAGCCAGGCCACGGUGGAGUGCACCCAAUGCCAGGUCACUCUGAGCGGCCCGGCCGAGCUGCUGUGGCACAGGCAGUUCCACACACAGUCCCCCGUGUCCAGCGAAGAGGGCACGUCACACACCCUGUCAAGACCUGCAAGUGCAAGGUCUGAGCAUGGAGCUUCUCCAAACGUAUUGAAAGACCAGGUAUUAAAAACUGCCAUAAAGAAAGAGCCAGGACUCGAGGAGCCCUGCCCUGAACAGCUAGCAGUCAAGGCAAACAGUCCGAGAAGACGAGAUAAGAUGCCGCUGAGCCCACAAGCGGGAGUAGCCCUUGUAUAUAGGUGUCCUCUGUGCCAAUAUGUAGCCAACUCAGCAGCAAGUGUGAACAGACACCUGAAAAUGCACACCGACCCGGGUGUCACCCCUAACACCAUUGUAACACCAUCCGACAAGCAGGCAAGUCUUCCACAGAGUUCCCUCUCUCCUUCGCAAAUUCCAAACAAGGUCGCAGCCGACCUCCCCGAAGGUACGUAUUGCUUAGACUGUAGCAUCAAGUUCACUUCCAUCAACAACUACUUUGUUCACAAGAAGUACUACUGCUCCACCCGCCACCUCAGUAAGUACAGCAGGGGCAGUGUGACGCCAUUCAUGACAGAGUCUCCACUCUACAGCAGUGCGCAACAGGAAUACAGUUCGCCCCUGCCCUCCAGAGUGUCUGCAACUAACACUAUACCAGUACAAAACAUGGCUGCCAGUGGUCUACUGAACCUCCCUGCACUGAGAAGAGACGUAGUCUCUCCGUCGGCAGUGGAACCGACACUAAAAUGCGACGAGGCGGAACCCCCUCCCAGCUGUCACUACUGUGUAGAGUGUGAGAUAUCAUUUAACAAGUAUGAGAACUUUGCAGUACACAAACAGUAUUACUGUGCUAGCAGGCGGGCUGGGACAGAAAAAAGGCAGGAGUGCGUCCAACCCGCCAACUGUACCAUCGUUCGGUUGUCCACGGACGAGAGACUAGUUAGAGGACCUGGGAUGGUCAGGGCUGUACAGAACGCAGCCAUGGCUUACUGUGGUGUGCCAAACAGCAAUAAUGCUGCAUCGGUAGCUGUUCAGACCGAGACACAGCAAGAGCCCGACACCAGCACAGUAGACACAGACAACAAACCAACACCUGAAGCUAGCCCGCAAAUAAGCCCACAAGCACCCGCCAAAGAUUCCCCUGUAACUGAAGAAAAACAAAGUCCAACUCAGACAGCUCCUACAGAUAAUAAUCAGGAAAACGUGCUAAAUCUAGUCAUAAAAAGAAGUAGUAGUGAUACUAUAGUAGAGAAUGCUAGUAGCGAAAAUGGUACAACCUCACAAGAGCAAAACAAUGCCAGCUCAUCAAAGGAGGUUCGAGUGAAUGGAGAAAGUUCCAGUGAGCCAAUAGACCUUCGUUGUAAAAAAGAUGAAGCCGAAGCCCUGUCAGAUAAGUUUAGCUUACCCAACGUUUUUCACUGCAGUGCUUGUAACAUUCAGUACAAUAAGCACGAGAACUACAUUGCUCACAAGACGUAUUACUGUCAGGCGACGACACUUGUGGAUCGGAAUGUAGCUGAUGUUGGCAGUUCGGACCACUUGUCUCAUGGGGGGAAAAGAAGGAGGAGCUCUCCAUCACAGACACAAGCGGAUGCUGUGGCUGUCACCUCUUCACCACGAAGCCCAGAACCAGGCCCCAACCAACAGCCGCCGUUCAUGUGCUUCUGCCGACAGUCCUUCCGGACGUUGGAAGAGAUGGAGUCUCACGACUGCGCGCCAUUCCAGUGCCCGUACUGCCAGUUCUCGGCUCGUACCUGCAGCGCGCUGAUGGUCCACGUGAAGGGUCACUGCGAGAGCCAGCUGUUCCGCUGCUCUUUGUGCCCCUUCACCGUUGCCGACAUGUCGGCAUUGAUGGAGCAUUGGAAGGACCAACAUGCCAAACCUGAGGACGAACAGGAAACCACUAACGUCCACCAAACCAAGCCAGAAGAAACUCACAGCAACAGUAGCUCCUCCCCAGAUGAAAACGUUCACAACAGCUCACAGUACAAGGAGCCAAGCCCUCCACAAACCUCUCCAAAGAAACCAGAAGCAGUGCAGACAGUUGUGAAACAGGAGCCGUAUGAUCCAGGUUACCCGGAGACCUCUGCCUCCUGCAGUACAAGUAACAUAGACCUACCAGAUAGGUCAACCCCUAACAAUAGUCCAGGCAAGUCUGCAGAGAAAGUCCACCCCCGGGCUAGCCCUGGACCAGCCCAGUAUCACCUCAGUAGCAUGUUAGGUAAGACAAACGUGAUUCGGCACAGUUCCGCCGCCCUGAGAAGGGGACCCGUGUGCACAAAGUACUGCCGCUCCUGUGACAUCAGUUUCACCAACUUGUCCACUUUCAUCGCACACAAAAAAUUCUACUGUGCCUCACACGCAGGUGAAAACAUAGUCAAGUAGACACAGGAGUGACGGCAGGUAUUCUGGGACCAAUAAAACAUUUAGUAUUCAUUUCGUAAUGAAAACUACAAGAACCACUGUUCGCAUGGCUGUAUCUAGUGUCAACCUAGCAAGUGUGAAAAUUUGUAUACAUGUGUGUGGAGGUUCUAAUAAUAAAGACCUCCAGUUGCAGAUCCAAAUCCAAGCUAAGUGUGAAUAGUUAGAACACUUUUGAACUCUAAAGUAUUUUGUUAUUUUUUCGUAAAUUUACAGAUAUGUUUUCACAAUAAUUAUCAUUUUUAAAAUGGUUCUGUUGUCUGAAAUUUUUACUGCUAUGUACAUUAUAAGUGCUGUAUUAAGAAAAGAGCUAUACUUCAAUGGCUAAGAAUGUGUUUGAAGGAAAGCCAGGUACAAUGACGGUGCCAGAAACUGAAAUUCGCAAGCUUCACAAUCAUAGAGAACUUCUCAGGAUGUGGCAUGUACACUUUUAAAAAAUCAUGGUGCAUAUUUCUAGUUGAAAUAGAUGGCACAACUAAAUGCUCAUUGUAACUUUAUGUGACAGAAUUAUACGAUAAGUAGAGCAUCAAAGCAUUCUUUUAGAAAAUCCAUCCAACAUUGUAUUUGAACUAUUUCCGCAAAGACUUCUUCCAAAUUAAGGUAAAGAUAUACCUUGGUUUGCAUAUAUGAAAUUAUUAAUUGUAAGCCUCAUAUUGAGGCAUUUAGUCUAUGGAAUUCGGAACCAAGGUCUGAAACGCAUUUCCUGAACAAGGUUUGCAUUUGUUUGUUUGUUUUUUUACUCCAUUUUCUCAAAACAGCCAAAAAUUUUGAGAGUCAGCAGGAAUAAAAAGAACAGCAAUUGGAGAUUGUCAUUCAAACAUGUCGAAAGUUGUCCAAACAUUCAAAAAGGAGUGUACAGCAAUAUUCAGAAUGACUAUGGAUCAAGCUGAUGUUCCCCUUUAUGCCAACUAUUUCACAAUCAUUCCAAUGGAUCAAAGCAACUCCAGGAUCAAGUUGAAAUUGCUGUAGUUCAACACACAAAUGCUAUAUAAAUACUCCCAAUAAAACUCCUUGACCUAGACUACAUGUAGAAUACUGUUUGUACUUCAGUGAUCCUCGUCAAAAUAUGUAAUUUGUUAUGUGUAAAGUGUAUGAAUUAAACGUAAGAUGAUGUUGCUAUGACUUAUAAAGUUGCAAGAUAUACAUAUUAUGCUUUGUUAUCAAAAGCACUUUGUGUAAUGAUUUGAAUUCAAUUCAUAUUGCCUGUCAAUGUAAUUCUUAUAUUGUGUACAUGAUAUGUUUAAAUGCACUUACAAAGAGAAUUUAUAAUCAGAAAUGAUAGUGAAAGCACAGGUGCCAAAGUACUCUACAUGAUUUUUAAAAAAAGAUUAUGAACAAAAACUACAGGGGAAUAUGGUCAGUGGACACAAACACAGUAUGUAACGUUAGAAACAUUUUAUUCAUUAUGAAUUGUCAAUGUAAUUUAUCUAGGACAACAGUCGUUUGGCUUGUUGUCUAUUUAGCUUCAUUUGUUUACCACAAACAAUAAACCAAAGUCAUGUUCCUCAGUCAUACUCUAUUUUGUGUUCUGUUGUAGAAAUAAUGUAGUUAGGAAUAAGUAAGGUCAUUUGUACUUAGUUUCCAUUCACCAUUACACUUGAAGUGCAGUUAAACUGAGGAGCAAAGCUUUGAUUGGACAGUGCCAUGCAAAAGCGCCCCCUAGUGGACUGAUAGAAAAGUGUAGUCCAUAGGCAAAGUUCUUAGUGUCUGUCACCAUACUUUACACUGGGCAAGAAACAACAGGUAACAUUGUCUACGGGACCAAGAUGAUAAGAAGAAAUUUUCUGUAGAUAAAAAAUGGUAGCCUGCGUUACAUAUACAGUAGCUCUCUAUUUGUUCCAUUUCUACGGUUUUUCCAACCACCUGGAGUCUGGUAGAGACUAAUCUCUUGCUGUCAUUGGGCCUCAAAGAGAGUUUUUGGCGUCAAGAGAACUAUUCCUGAACUACCAAUAGGAGCUAAGGAUUCUUAAUCAUUACAAAAAUCAAUCCAAUAGGAGCCCAGGGUUCACCGUCCCUAUGGAAACCAGGCAUCACAGCCUUCAACACCAUAGUUACAGGCAGUUCUUAUUCUGAAUGAAUGGUCGGUGCUAGGUGUAUUAUUAGCACAUAAAACUUCUGAAUGAAUGAAUGGGGCUAAGAUGUUUCCCUUUCUCCUGACUUAAAAAUGUUGGCCAUCAUGUGACCAGAGGAAUGGCUACAGAAAGAAUGACUGAAUUCAGGCUACAUAAAGCAGUUAAGAUCUUCAAUUUUAUAAUCUCUAAUUCUCUAUGUUUUAACAUCUUUCUUCUUUUAAAGUUACAGGUAGAGCCUUAGAUAACACGAGUCUUAAAAAAAUAAAAACGGAGUCAUCACUUUCCUUCAAUUGUUUUCAUUUAUUAAAUAGUUUUGAGAAGCCCUUAAGCCUCUCAAAGUAAAUCUGUUUUCCUGUACUCUUCAAAAUCUCUUAAAUAAAACACAAAAGUACAUUGUUAAAUAUGUACAUGAUAAACUAGCAUCUGACUGUACAUGGAUGAAUCACCUUAACAAAAUGAUACCUUUCAAAGGCUCUUUUUUCUCUUCUUAACUGCUACAUCUGUAACAUUUCAUAGACCCAGUUAUGCCAAACAUUGGCAACCCUUUUUUUUAAUAUUUAAAAAACAAAUCAUCUUAGCUAUCCCCUAAAAUUUCAGUCAAUGAAGUUCUGUUGUUCUUUCAGAUGUGGGGUAGUUUCUGAUAAUGGGGGCAAACUUGUUAAGAGCCUUUCCAAUGAGCAGAAGGCCAGAGAUGAAACCUGAGUGUACAAGCCCUUGUUUUCUUACUAGAACUUGAAGGAUGCAUAACAUCACUGAGUGGCAUAACUUAUAAGGGCAAUGUACAUAUACAUUUCAUAUAAACAAGACAUGAUCAUAGUACAUGUAGUAUGCCCUUCAAAUUCAAGAGUACCUUUAGUACAAUGUGUGCUAUUCUUUACUCCUCCUCAACACUACCACAUGCCCUGCUUGCAUGUAGAGGUAAAUAUCUUUAAAAAUAAGAUAUCUUCAAAUACAAUCUUUAUACAAAAUGAUGGUUU